CUUAGUCAUUGUAUAACUCGUUUUAAUCUGGCUCAUUAGAGUCAACUUCUCCCUGUGGGAAAGUACAGAUCAGAGUGAGAGCUCUCGGCUGUUUCUGUGCUUUGGUGUGAGUAACUCACCUGAAGCCAUCCACCUGUGCAGGUAAACUACCUGACGGCUCCUCCGGCAGCCACGUGACUUUGCUGACCAUCCUCACAGAUUUGAGGAAACCAGCUAAUUUUAAUUCCCACUCCAGGAAACGACCAGCUCAUUCACCAGUCCUGUCGACUCUGAGGAUCUUCAGCCAUGGAUAAACUUAAGUCUGUUUUAAGCGGUGAGGAGGCGCGCAGAGACGACCGAACUGUCUUAGAGACUGUCAAUGAAGCCUCCACGUUGGGCUGGGGCACACGUGUGAAGGGAUUCGUCGCCUGUUUUGUGGUUGGGGGCGUGUGUACGAUUUUGGGAGUGUGCAUGCUGUUCCUCCCCAGGAUUGGGCUCACUCUCUUCAUUGUGUUCUACACUUUUGGAAACUUAUGUGCUCUGUGCAGCACUAUGUUCCUGAUGGGCCCAAUGAAGCAGCUGAAGAGGAUGUGUGACAAAACAAGAGCGCUGGCCACUACUAUAAUGAUUACCUGCCUUGUGUUGACUCUCUGCGCAGCCUUCUGGUGGAAGAACUUUGGUCUGGCUUUGUUAUUUUGCAUCUUGCAAGUCUUGUCGUUUACCUGGUACAGCCUGUCGUACAUCCCGUUUGUGAGGGAUGCAAUAAUGAAGAUUGUGGCGAUGUGCCUGAAGUGAGGCCAACAUGAGGUCUUUUUACGAAGGAUUCUGUCUGGAUGAAGUGUUAAAGAAAGGGGCAGGUCUCUUACUGAAGUUACUGAAACAGAAGGUCUGUGACUCUUCCUGCUGCACAUACACACAUUUUAUCUCCAAUGAUCUUUUUCUUCUUUCCGCUUCAUUCAUUAAGCAGAUUGAUUUUUGGUACGUAUUGAUUACAUAUACCAAUUUUAAUGAGCCUGGGCUUGGUUUGUAAUAUGUGUAAAUAUUUGUAAUAAAUGAAUGUACUAAUGUUUUUGUAAAUGAACACAUGAAAGUGUCAUUAUUUAAAUGAUUUAAAGGAUUAAAUGUAAGUGUGGCACAGCCUGAACACUUGAGCUAGAAA